AUGACGUUCCCAUACAAGCAUGUCCUCCUCAUUGGAGCAACAUCUGGUAUCGGCAAGGCGAUGGUCGAGCGCCUCAUUGCCGAAGGCGUGAAAGUGACCGGCGUCGGGCGCCGCAAGGAUGCCCUCGAAGAGUUCGAGAAUGCGCACCCCGGCCUUGCUCGGGGUGCGGCGCUGGAUAUAACGCAGCUGGAAAGCUUCCUGGGUUUGCAAAACAGUAAGAUUGGCCCUGUUGCCAUCACGGAGGCGCCACCGGAUAUCGACUGCCUCUUCCUGAACGAAGGAAUGCAGCGACCCUUUAACUUUUCGAAGCCAGAGACCGUGGACCUGAACGUAUUCCACGCCGAGACGACGGUAAACUACACUAGCCUGGUAGCCGUGACGCACGCGUUCCUACCGUUCCUGAUCGUGAAGGAGGGCCCAUCGGGGAUUAUCUUGCGAGUUGGGUUGCGUAAUACGCAUAUCAAAGUCACCGAGAUUGCCGCUCCGCCUGUGAAGACCGACCUUCACGACUAUAUGGGUGUUGAGGUUGGCCGAAACCUCGGAAUGCCGCUGGAUCAGUUCACAGAAGAGGCAUACCAGGGUCUGUUGUCGGGCGAUGAUACCAUCGCUGUUGGUGGGAUUAUGAUUCCUGGGGCGAAGGAGGCGAUGGCAGAUAUAGCGGCGGUGAUCUGGGCGUUUAGGCUGGUGGUUGGUGCGGUAGGAUAG